CCCCCUUUUCGUCCACUCCAUGCAGUCAUCUCAUCUGUCUUUUGCAUCUUCUUCAGGCUGGCCUGUCUCUUUGACCGUGACGAGUCUCGGCUAGGAAAUAUCCUAUGUUACCAUGGGUGUCACUUGUCGCUUUUUAUCAAUAGGUGUCUUGCAUAGAGCAUGUCUUUCUGUGGCUGGAUGUCGGAAUCCUUGCUCCAGCAACCGACAGAUAAACUGGAUUCGCCAGUUCAGAACUGUAGCGAACGCCCCUGCUGUCUCUUCCAGGUACCGACCUGUGAAUCUGACCUAUGACGUGUUCGACGGGAAAGGGGACAAGACACCGCUGGUUUUCCUUCAUGGGCUUUUCGGCAGUAAAUCCAACUUUCAGUCCAUAGCAAAGUCCUUAGUUCAGCGCACGGACAGAAAGGUGCUGACCAUCGAUGCCCGUAACCAUGGCAAGAGCACACACAGCCCGGUGCUGACCUACGAGGCCAUGACCAACGACCUCACCCAGCUGCUCGCCCAGCUGCGCAUCGGGAAAUGCAUUCUGAUUGGCCACAGCAUGGGAGGAAAGGUGGCCAUGACGACAGCACUCACACAGCCAGCCCUGGUGGAGCGCCUGGUGGUGGUUGACAUCAGCCCUGCUCCCACCGCGCCGCUCACCAACUUCCCCACCUACAUCCAGGCCAUGAAGGACGUCAAGGUGCCCAGCAACGUGCCCCGAUCCACCGCACGCAGACUGGCCGAAGACCAACUACGCGACUAUGUUAAAGAGCGCUCGGUGCGUCAGUUCCUGCUGACCAACCUGAUUGAGGAGGAGGGCCAGUACUCCUGGAGGAUCAACCUGGAGGCCAUCGCCAAUCACCUAGGAGAUAUCAAGGACUUCCCAAAAUUCAACAACAGCUACGAGGGACCCACACUCUUCCUAGGUGGCACCAACUCGGCAUACAUCAGCUCUGAGGACUACCCUGAGAUCCAGCGGCUCUUCCCCUGUGCCGACAUCCAGUACAUCCCAGACGCCAGCCACUGGAUCCACGCGGACAAGCCCCUGGACUUCAUCAGCUCCCUGGUGGCCUUCCUGCAGUCCUAGUCACUUCCACCACCACGCCCACAGGGGGAGCCAGAGAGGGAAGUGUGUUUACACUUACAAGUAACAAUACAGUAUAUCCUGGCAACAGAACACUACUGUAGAUGUCACGUUCAGCCUUUUUGCAAUGAUUAAUACUGGGUGACAACAUCUUGAUACAGGAUUUAUGUGUUUUUCACACUAUCAUCAAAUAUAUUCUUUUACCGCCACCUACAGGUUAAUUUGCUUAUCACCUUUGUUGUCAACUGAUGAUUACUCAUUGUACAAAGACGGCAGCGUAUUCGUGUGAAUAGACAGGGCAGGGGGUAGAGAACGUGACCUCUAAUGUUUUAUACCCAUGGAAGUACAUGAACAAGUGGCAUUUUUGGUCUGUGUUUUUGUCUGGCCUUAGUUCUUUUUGUUUUUGUUUUUGGCCUAUUAUUUACAAUGCUGCAUUACUAAGUAUCAGCAGUGUACACUACUCACGCCAAUAGCCCUGCUGUACUGAAUAUUACUUGAGAUGAAGUAGCCAAUGAACAACUUAUCAAAACUAGAUUUCGAGCCACUGUCCAACUAUGACUAAGAGGCUACUAGUAGGAUGUGUGUGUUGAGUAAGGCAGGGUUUGUAUGGUCCAAUAACAGAGUGAUGUUCCAAAUAGUGGUUUAGUCGCUUACCUGGAUACGUUAACACCGUGGUAACUCAAGUAACUGUAGAACACAUUGGCUUUGUUCUGAGUGAAGGGUAACCCUCUAAGUCUCUUCUAUUAGAACUUUUACAUCUCUCUGACUGACUGUAAACUUGCUUAGAGGAUUUACUCAUGGGCGUAAUUUUAGGGGGGGAUGGUGGGGACAUGUCCAUACCACUUUUGAGAUAAACCUAGCUUGUCCCCACCACAUUUUCACAAAUAUAAUGCAAAAACAGCAUAUCCGGACAAUUUGUCAUUGAAAUGUCCCCACCACUUUUCGAGCCAAACCUACACCUUUGGAUUUACUGUAAGCAUGCAGACAGACAAUUUUAACGGCAUCUCUCAGACUUGCCUUAGCUGGACCAAUCAAUUCAUUACUUUUUUGGAAUACAGCCCAGGUUGAUGGAGGAUAAUCUGGAGAAUCAAGAGAAAUACACGUGGAUUGGCACAAGUACACUUGGGCAUUUGGGGUUAUAAUAGUUUUAUGUAGCCUAGACAUAGAUUAGCUUUAAGGUUUAACCAACUCCCAUCAAUAAUUUUUAUCUUGAGAUGUGCAUAUUUUUUUUAACAAUGAUUAAUUUGUGACAAUCUGCAUUUGUUAGGUAUUGUUCCUUUUUUGGAAUCGCACAGAUAAGUAGUGUUGGAUAUAAUUUGCUGGAUGAGAAGGCAAAUCUAACUAUUUAAAUGUGUGUAGAAAUAUUCCAGCUAAGAGACUGAACUGAGGGAGUAUACCAUCACUGAGUUUGGCUCAUUGUGUCAUUUGGAGUGUGUCAUGGUCAUCAUGGACAAUGGGUAUUCGUACAGUAACAAUACAGCACAAGUACAGUAACUGUGCAUGUAUACCAGACUGUAACCUCUGCUUUACAGUUUGUUCAUAAAUUGCACUUGUGCAUUCACAAAUAAUAAUAAUAAUGUUAACAAAAAACUGUAUUGUGUAGUUCCAUGUGAAAGUGAACACAUCAAAAGUAUUAAUUGAGGCGCACCAGUCAACAGUACCAGUGUAGCAUACAGCUUCUUUCCAAAAAAUAAGGAUAUCGUGAAAAAGUUUAUUUCCAUAAUUCCAUCAAAAAAAGAAAAAAAUAGAAUAGAAUAAAUAGAAUACUGUUUGGAAGUCAAUGGCCAUUCACGUCUAUUACAAAACCUGGUUUAAUGCUUAUACCGUGACUGUGCCUGAUUGCUUGUGGUAUUUCACAGGAGUUAUGGAAACCCAGAUUACCUUUCAGCUUUCAGUUCCUGUAAAUUCUUCUUUAUUUUUCAGUCUAUUGUCCCCAAAAUAACUUUUGGUAACAUCUUAUUGAUUUUCAAUGGGGUUUUAGGUCUGAUGAGCUACAAUGCCCAUACCACCAAAGCACCAAAAUUAUGUUUAAUCAAGAGGGAAAUGAGGGUUAGUAGAUCCAAAAACAGCUGACAGCAAAGCAUCAAGGCUAUCAGGGCUUCCAUAACUCCCAUGCAAUGCCCCUCCCAUUGACUUCAAUGUUUAACGCGUCUUGGCAGUGAAGGCAAACAGAUUCCUAACCAAUUACUGAACAUUGGACUGAUUUGAUGUAAUACAGAUGUCUUUCUUUUUUCUGAAGAAAAUUGUGAUUUCAUUAGAAUAUGACUUUUUGAAAUCCUGUAUUCCUGUUUUUUAAGCUGGAAGCCCAAAAACAGAAGAAUAAUAAACACAUUAACUCUUGGAAUAGCUUAAAAUGUGGGUCAUGAAUCUAUAAUCUACGGAAGUUUUUGAUGAAAAUAUUUUUUUCCUUGAUAUACUCUUAUUUUUUUUUGAAGGAGCUGUAUAGGCAGCAGGUCUCAUGCACAAGUGAACUAAAUUGACCAGAAUAGUGGUGUGGUUCUAAAUGGUAUAGUGUAGUAUCCCAGACCGGAUGUAUAAAGCCGGUCAGUAAGAGCAUUGCAUCAGUGUGAGUGGUGUAGCUGGUUGUAAAACGGUAUACUGUUACUCUUCCUUGACUUGAGUGUGUAUCAGAGUGCUGUAGGAUUACUCAGGGGGCACACAUAUUAACUACUGUGUCCUAAUACUUGAACUGCCAACUUUUAAUGUACAGCUUGUAGAUAGAGACAUACAUACAUGCAUACAUCCAUGUGUUUUUGGUCUUGUAUUCUAACGACCUGUGUUCUUCAUUAACUUCCAUAUUAUACAUGCCGUAAUGUACCGGUAAUACACUACUUACUAAUGAACAAAGGGACACAAUAUGCACUGCUAACCUCAACUUUAUCUUGAUUAUCAAGUUGUUGUUCUACUGUCGGUGUAAUAGUUCUCAACGUCAAGUAUAAUACAAUAUAUGUGUAAAAAAUAUUUUGCUGGAGGUUCUGUUUUGUUAUUAUAACAGCCAUUGUUUUUUGUAACAAUUAGUUCACAGUUGUCUCCGUUUGAGGAGUGCAGAUAUAGAUGUGAUUAGACCACUGACAUCUAUACGUCAUUGGAUUAGACUGUUGGCAAAAUUCAGUUCUCAAUAUGACAUCACAAAUGCCUAUACUAGAGCCAGUAUGUGUAGUUGUUCCAGGGAUUUGGCUGCCCAUUCGCAGAAUUGAUCUCUUUCAUGAAUAUCUACUAAGGAACAAACCAAUAUACUGGUCUGACCAGAGUAGGCUCUGCUGUCAAAGAUGUCUUGAUGAUUGAUGACUGGUAAUUGAAAAUGGUGGAUUUACAUAAAGGUUCGUUCCAUCUAUUCAUCUAUGAAAUGUGAACAUUUCCAUGUCAAAAUGAGUGUUGAGAAUUUGAUGCUUGUGGUGGUGGGUGAUGUUUGUGGGUGGGCGAUGUAUAUUCUGGAAAUGUAUUGCUAGGAAGAAUUUGAAAGGCCCUUUAACACAAAAUUAAAUUUGGAAGCCGUGGAUUGGUCAUGUGGAAUUCUGGGUGGGAAAAAAAAAUAGUCCACUCCUCAAAUGGUCCAUUAACAGCAUGCAUGUGUACUCUCUUGUAAUCCUUUUGUUAUCCUAUGUUUCACAUUUGAUGGCGUUAUAGAUUUGCACAAGACUGGGCCCAGAGUUGCUCUUAGACUGAACAGGGGUGCAUUUCUCGAAAGCGUAGUUGUUAACUACGGUAGCUACUUUGUUGGUUGCAAUGCAAUUUCCCAUUGGCAACUACCCAAGUUGCUAACUGCUAACAACUACGCUUUCAAGAAAUGCACCCCUGCAUUGAGUUGAAGGUGAAGUUGCAGGACUUAGUUUUCAUCUUGUUUUUUUUUUAUCUGCCACUGUUUGGGUAUCAGCAGGGCUGAACUGGAAUGAAAAUGCAGUUAGAACAGAAUGUAAAACGAGAUGGUUUUCACUGUGCCAUUAUCAUGAAUGCAUAGAUGUGUAAACCAGCAAGAUUGUUCGAUUCUGAAGGAGAUUUUUUAAUUUUCAAAGGCUUUAUGGAAUGGAAACAAUAUCAUAAUAUUUUUGACAAUUUGCAACGGUAACCUAUAUUUGUUUAUAAUAGCCUCUAUUUGUGUAUGUGUGUGUGUGUGGGUGUGCAAUCUGCGCAUGUACACGCUGAAUGAUUGUGAUGUCUGCUAUUCGUACUAAAAAGAUGUUGUAGUUAUUUAUUGUAUACAAAAGCAAAAAUAAACUAAAGGAAACUCCU